GAGGAGGUGCUUUUUGUUCUUGAUUUUUGUCUAUAUAUAGAUAUAUCCCGGCCGCUGUCUUUGGAUCACAGCGCUCUCUCUCUCUCUCAUCUACUCUUUCUUCUCUCUUAACUUUCUGAUCCCCUUCUUCUCCUCGAAUCUCAGUGACCCAGAUUCAGGGUGUUUGUGCAAUUGGAGAGAAAGUGAAGGCUUGAUAAAUGGCCUCGAGGAAUUUGGAGAAGAUGGCGUCCAUUGAUGCCCAGUUGAGGCUCCUGGUUCCUGGAAAAGUGUCUGAGGAUGACAAGCUUGUUGAGUAUGAUGCCUUGCUUUUGGAUCGAUUUCUUGAUAUUCUUCAGGAUUUGCAUGGGGAGGAUCUCAGGGAAACGGUGCAAGAAUGUUACGAGCUUUCUGCAGAGUAUGAAGGCAAACAUGAUCCUAAAAAGUUGGAUGAGCUCGGAAAUGUCUUGACUAGUUUGGAUCCCGGUGAUUCAAUUGUUGUUGCAAAGGCUUUCUCGCACAUGCUUAACUUGGCCAACUUGGCUGAGGAGGUCCAGAUUGCUUACCGCCGUCGAAACAAAAGGAAAAAGGGAGAUUAUACUGACGAGAACAAUGCGACUACUGAAUCGGACAUAGAAGAGACUAUCAAGAGACUUGUUGUUGAUCUGAAGAAGUCUCCUCAAGAAGUUUUUGAUGCAUUGAAGAAUCAGACUGUGGAUCUGGUCUUAACGGCUCAUCCUACACAGUCUGUAAGAAGAUCCUUGCUUCAGAAGCAUGCAAGGAUCCGGAAUUGCUUAGCCCAGUUGUAUGCGAAAGAUAUUACACCUGAUGAUAAACAGGAGCUUGAUGAGGCUUUGCAAAGAGAGAUUCAAGCUGCUUUCCGAACUGAUGAAAUCCGAAGGACUCCCCCUACUCCCCAAGAUGAAAUGAGGGCAGGGAUGAGUUAUUUUCAUGAAACAAUCUGGAAAGGCGUACCAAAGUUUCUGCGCCGUGUUGAUACAGCACUUAAGAAUAUUGGGAUUAACGAACGUAUUCCAUAUAAUGCCCCUCUAAUUCAGUUUUCUUCUUGGAUGGGUGGAGACCGUGAUGGCAAUCCGAGGGUGACUCCCGAAGUCACAAGGGAUGUAUGCUUAUUGGCCAGGAUGAUGGCGGCUAAUUUGUACUACUCACAAAUAGAGGAUCUCAUGUUUGAGUUGUCCAUGUGGCGUUGCACCGACGAGCUUCGUUCUCGUGCUGAUGAACUCCACAGAUCUUCAAGGAGAGAUGCAAAGCAUUUCAUAGAAUUUUGGAAAACAAUUCCACCAAACGAGCCCUAUCGUGUCAUUCUGGGUGAUGUGAGGGAUAGGCUCUAUCAGACACGUGAGCGUGCUCGUAAUUUAUUAUCUCAUGGAAUGUCUGACAUCUCAGAAGAGGCAACUUACACCAAUGUUGAGCAGUUCUUGGAACCUCUUGAGCUCUGUUACCGAUCUCUUUGUGCUUGCGGGGACCGGCCAAUAGCUGACGGUAGCCUUCUCGAUUUUCUAAGGCAAGUUUCCACCUUUGGGCUGUCACUUGUGCGGCUUGACAUAAGGCAAGAAUCAGACAGGCACACAGAUGUUCUAGAUGCCAUAACGAGACAUUUGGAUAUAGGUUCAUAUAGGGACUGGUCGAAAGAGCAACGUCAGGAAUGGCUCCUAUCUGAGCUAAGGGGUAAACGUCCCCUCUUUGGACCCGAUCUCCCGAAAACUGAAGAGAUCGCUGAUGUUCUGGACACGUUCCAUGUCUUGGCCGAACUCCCUUCUGACUGCUUUGGUGCAUACAUCAUUUCAAUGGCGACAGCACCAUCUGAUGUCUUAGCAGUCGAGCUUCUACAACGUGAAUGCCAUGUGAAGCAGCCAUUAAGAGUCGUUCCGCUCUUUGAGAAACUAGCUGAUCUCGAGGCUGCCCCUGCUGCUGUUGCACGCCUUUUCUCGAUCGAUUGGUACAAAAGCCGGAUCAACGGGAAGCAAGAAGUCAUGAUCGGGUACUCCGAUUCUGGUAAAGAUGCUGGUAGGCUGUCAGCAGCAUGGCAAUUGUACAAAGCUCAGGAGGAGCUUAUCAAAGUUGCAAAGGAACAUGGCGUGAAACUGACGAUGUUCCACGGCCGAGGCGGAACUGUCGGAAGAGGAGGUGGCCCCACUCACUUGGCUAUAUUGUCUCAACCACCAGAAACUAUCCAUGGAUCUCUCCGUGUUACAGUUCAGGGAGAAGUUAUUGAACAAUCAUUCGGUGAGGAGCAUUUGUGCUUCAGGACGCUCCAGCGUUUCACUGCUGCUACACUAGAACACGGAAUGCAUCCACCUGUCUCCCCCAAACCAGAAUGGAGGGCACUGCUGGAUGAAAUUGCUGUUGUUGCCACCGAGGAGUACCGGUCGAUUGUCUUCAAAGAACCCCGGUUUGUCGAGUAUUUCCGCCUAGCCUCGCCGGAAUUGGAAUAUGGUAGGAUGAACAUCGGCAGUCGUCCUUCAAAACGUAAACCUAGUGGCGGGAUCGAAUCACUAAGAGCCAUUCCUUGGAUCUUCGCCUGGACUCAGACCCGAUUUCAUCUCCCCGUUUGGCUAGGCUUUGGAGGAGCAUUCAAAUAUGCCAUAGGAAAAGAUAUCAAGAACCUGAAAAUGCUGCAAGAAAUGUAUAAUGAAUGGCCUUUCUUCAGAGUCACGAUUGACUUAGUCGAGAUGGUUUUCGCCAAGGGAGACCCCGGCAUUGCUGCAUUGUAUGACAAACUCCUAGUGUCGGAAGACUUGUGGUCGUUUGGCGAGCGAUUGAGGGCCAACUAUGAGGAAACCAAGAGUCUUCUGCUCCAGAUUGCCGGACACAAGGAUCUCCUAGAAGGCGACCCCUACUUGAAGCAACGGCUCCGACUCCGUGACUCCUACAUCACGACCUUGAACGUGAGCCAGGCGUAUACUCUGAAGCGAAUUCGCGACCCCAACUACCAUGUAAAGCUGAGGCCCCACAUUUCCAAGGAGUACAUGGAAUCGAAACCAGCUGCUGAACUUGUGAAGUUGAACCCCACGAGUGAAUACGCCCCGGGACUCGAGGACACCCUCAUUUUGACCAUGAAGGGUAUUGCUGCCGGCCUGCAGAACACUGGUUAAUUAUUAUAUCUUGCUUUCUCUUUUUUCUUCUUUCCCAUUCUUCCCUUUAAGUCGGCGAGCGACUUCUCCCCAUGUUUAUUGCAAAAGGGGGGUGAUGAAAACUUGUGUAUCUUUACCCUCCUCUUUCUGAAAUCACCAAACAUCAUAAAUGUGAUUGAUCACAUUGUAUGUUUAAGACAUAAGCAUUGGUUUAGAUCAACGGAAUGGUUGUUUUUUCA